UUAUUGCUGCAUUUGAUGUGAUGAUGUGUGGAUAUAGGUCCUCUGAUUGUACAAGUUCUGGUGGCUGAAGUUGUGUAUCGGCAGUGGCUUCCAUCAUCUAGCAAUGGAUUUUUCAUUUUUCGGUAAUUUCCCGUGGUUCAAACCCCAUUCUGCAAAUGAUAUGGCAUCAACAGUUGCAUCUACUAGCACCCUAAUGCAAACACCUAAACAAAAUGCUCAGUUUGAUGAUAAGUUUUGGAAAUGGACUGUGUUUUCAGUUCUUCCUUGGGCUAAAGGAGCUGAGGGUAAUAUUCAAAUGCCAACAACUGUCAACAAGAAACUGAAAAGGCGACGUCCGUUUCGUGAAGGUGUAGACUCUCUAGCUCGGACGUCAACCAUACGCUUUAGACCAUAUGUUUCUAAAGUUCCAUGGCAUACAGGUCCAAGAGCUUUUCUUUCUCAAUUUUUCCCUCGAUAUGGUCAUUACUGUGGACCAAACUGGUCAAGUGGAAAAGAUGGAGGGUCACCAAUUUGGGACAGAAGACCCAUUGAUUGGUUGGAUUUUUGCUGCUAUUGUCACGACAUGGGCUAUGAUUCACAUGAUCAGGCUGAACUCCUCAAGGCAGACCUUGCAUUCCUCGAGUGCUUGGAGAAGCCAAACAUGAGUACGCGAGGAGAUCCUCAUGUAGCUCUACUUUACAAGACUAUGUGCACAUCAGGCCUCAGGAACAUAUUGAUACCUUACAGACAACAACUUAUUACCUUACAAUCUAAGCAGCUAUCUUUUGGAUUUGGAUGGCUCGGCGGUAUCAUGGAACCUGCAAAAUGCUUGAAAGAUCGCUUCGUAUGGUUACAGAAGUAGGAAUGUGAACAAUCCCGCGCUUUCAUUGUGAUGCAGAACAAGACAUUUCUGGCAAGUCUAUUCCAUAAUGUCUUAAGAUAAGAUAGCCUGUAUAUAUGAUAUUGGAAAUCAAUGAAACUGUAGAACUCCAUUAUGAUAUAAUUAGUUGUGUAGCUAUUCCACUGCUUGUAUAUUAU